AUGGAUUCAGUUCUAUCUUUUAUAGAAGCUAAAAGAACAGCUGGUUAUACGCAAAAGAAGAAUGGGCCCAGGUUUCCCGGAACUAUCGCUCCUUUACAAUCUAAGCUUCAAUCAGAUACUUAUAUGAGUCGCUUAGACAUAAAAGAUCACAUUAAUCCAAUAUGGAAGCGUGAUACUGAUGUUCUACAAGAGAAGGAUGAACAAGAAUAUCGCGAUGUUAAUCUUUCGUAUUCGUAUAGCUUGGAAAGCUUUAUAUCAAGAUCUAUAACUGAAGUUUCGGAAUCAGAUGAAUUAAGCUCUCUUAGCGCUUCUGAUAUUGAUCAAAAUGAAGUGAGAGGAGUUUAUUUGCAUGAGAUACAGUCUGAGAACUUACACAUCUCCAUUCUUAAUCCUGAAUCCCAUCCAACUUUUAUCCAUGGAACCGCAAUGAGUUCAGAGUCAUUGGAAUGUAUGGAUGCUUCUCCAUAUUCUCAGCAAUUCCCAAUUAUACUGUAUGAAUGGCUCGUGGGAGUUGAUUAUGACUCAAUUGACAGAUAUUCGCCAGAUGUUAUUUCUACAGGGAAAGUGUUCAUAGUACCACCUGAGGCUAUUGGCAAAUAUAUAUUCUGUAGAACCCAUAGGAGGGUAGAACUACAGAUAAAUCAUCAUGAUUCUAAAGAUACUUCAGGCUCAUAUGAUCCUCAUAUAGCAUUAUCUCUGCAGCAUACUCACACAAAGAACAAGCAAUUCCAUGAAGUUUCAUCGAUAUGUUCGAUCGGUCCAAUAGAUAUUUCUAAUGAACUAGCGGUUCAACUACUGGAAGGUCUCCAUAGGAACUCGUUUCGAGAAGACGUUGUUUUAUGUUACAACAAACACUUCUCUCGUAACGUUGAUUACGACACUUGCAAGUCCUUAAACAAAACGAUGAAUGUUGCAAUCAAUAUCAUAUUCUCAAAACUCAUAAUAGAAUUUCCUGAGGAUUACAGUGACACAAAGCAGGGAUUUCUAGAGGCGUUUAAAUCAGAAAACAAUGAGCUUCCAAUUCUCCCACUAGAGCUUCAAUUGGAAAAACUUGAGGUUGAGAUAUCUCAGAAUUCACCUAUGGAACUUGUCCUAGGUGUUUAUAGCACAGAAAGGAUGAUUUGUUGUUUUUCAUUGUUGUUCAGUGAUAAAAUUCGAUGUAUCACAGCUAUGUAUUCUAUAUUCUGCUUUUUGGCUCAGAAGGAAAUGCAUUUACCUUCUACUAUAUGGCGAGAUCAAAUGGAACACGGCAAUUUUGACUACCUGAUGACCACGAUUAGGGAAUACCUUUCAAAAGCCUAAAGGGUACUACUAUGCACUGCGGUGCUACACAUUAGACAAUGCAUUGAAGUGCCUCAA